AUGGACUCAACAAAGAGAUUCUUCUCUAUAGCAUUGUUCUUGUUCCUUCUUAGCUUCUCCUUUUUUGUUUCCACUGACUCGAUCCACGUGUCUCAUGAUGGAAGAGCCAUCAAAAUCGAUGGAAAACGUAGGAUUUUGAUAUCUGGAUCAAUCCACUAUCCUAGAAGUACACCUGAGAUGUGGCCGGAUUUGAUUAAUAAAGCUAAAGAAGGAGGGUUAGAUGCAAUUGAAACGUAUGUGUUUUGGAAUGCGCAUGAACCAAGUCGUAGAUCAUAUGAUUUCAGUGGCAACAAGGAUCUUAUUAGAUUCCUCAAGACUAUUCAAGAAGCUGGACUCUACUCUGUUCUUCGCAUUGGUCCAUAUGUUUGUGCUGAAUGGAAUUACGGUGGGAUUCCUGUGUGGGUUCAUAAUCUCCCUGGUGUUGAGAUUCGAACUGCAAAUUCUGUUUAUAUGAAUGAGAUGCAAAACUUCACUACCCUCAUCGUUGACAUGGUCAAGAAAGAGAAACUCUUUGCUUCUCAAGGUGGACCCAUCAUUAUAGCUCAGAUUGAAAACGAAUAUGGGAAUGUGAUGGCGGAUUAUGGAGAUGCUGGAAAAGCUUACAUCAAUUGGUGUGCAAAUAUGGCUGAGUCUUUGCACGUUGGAGUUCCAUGGAUUAUGUGCCAACAACCUGAUGCUCCUCAACCAAUGAUCAAUACUUGCAACGGUUGGUAUUGUCAUGAUUUCGAACCCAACAAUCCUAACAGUCCUAAGAUGUGGACUGAAAAUUGGGUAGGCUGGUUCAAGAACUGGGGUGGCAAAGACCCUCGUAGAACUGCUGAAGAUGUUGCCUAUUCCGUGGCUAGAUUUUUCCAGACUGGAGGCACAUUCCAAAACUAUUACAUGUAUCAUGGUGGGACUAACUUUGAUAGAACCGCUGGUGGACCAUACAUUACUACUUCAUACGAUUAUGAUGCUCCUCUUGAUGAAUAUGGCAACAAGGCUCAACCAAAAUGGGGUCACCUCAAAGAACUCCAUAGAGUUUUGAAGUCAAUGGAAGAGAGUCUUACAGACGGGAACGUUUCCCAAAUUGAUUUUGGCAACUCUGUCACGGCCACUGUGUAUGCCUCAAACAAAUCAUCAAGUUGCUUCUUGACCAAUGGCAACACUACCACUGAUGCUACUGUUUUAUUUAGAGGAAGAACCUAUGCAGUUCCAGCAUGGUCUGUGAGCCUUCUACCUGAUUGUCAAAAUGAAGAGUUUAACACAGCCAAGGUGAAUGUGCAAACCUCUGUGAUGGUUAAAGUAAACAACAAAGCUGAAGAUGAGCCAAUGUCUUUGAAUUGGACAUGGAGAGCUGAGAACGUUGACCAUGCUCUUCUUGCUAAAGUCAACGCCUCUGAGUCAGCACACGAACUCAUUGACCAGAAAGAUGCUGCUAAUGAUGCUAGUGACUAUCUCUGGUACAUUACAAGGCUCCAGCUUGAUCAAGAUGAUCCUGUUUGGAGUGAUGAUAUGUCCCUUAGAAUCAAUGGCAGUGGCCAUGUUAUCCAUGCAUUCGUCAAUGGACAACAUAUUGGGUCUCAUUGGGCCACUUAUGGAAUUCACAAUGACAAGUUUGAGACAAAGAUAAAGUUGCAGCCUGGAAAGAACACUAUCAGCUUGCUUAGUGUCACUGUUGGACUUCAGAAUUAUGGGAGUAACUUUGACAAGUGGCAUGAUGGACUUGUUGGACCAAUUGAGUUGAUUAGUAAAAAGGGUGAUGAGACCAUAAUCAAGGAUAUCUCUGAACAUAAAUGGUUGUACAAGGUUGGAUUGCAUGGUUGGGAUCACAAAUUCUUCAGUAGUGACUCACUCUUCGCUUCCCCUUCCAAAUGGGAAUCUCAAAGUCUUCCCACUAACAGAAUGUUGACUUGGUACAAGACAACGUUCAAGGCUCCUCUGGGGACAGACCCUGUUGUGGUGGACCUGCAAGGUAUGGGCAAAGGCUAUGCUUGGGUUAACGGCAAUAACAUCGGCCGUAUCUGGCCGAGUUACUUGGCCGGCGAAGAUGGUUGCAGCGAUGACCCAUGUGAUUAUCGUGGCGAAUACGAUGACAAAAAAUGUGUUUACAAUUGUGGAAAGCCCUCUCAAAGAUGGUACCAUGUUCCACGCUCAUUCUUUGUUGAAGAUGGAGAGAACACAUUGGUUCUGUUUGAGGAGAUUGGUGGAAAUCCAUCACUUGUGAAUUUCCAAACAGUGACUGUUGGAUCUGCAUGCGGAAAUGCUCAAGAGCACAAGACAUUGGAGCUCUCAUGCCAAGGUAGACAAAUCUCUGCCGUCAAAUUCGCAAGCUUUGGCGAUCCACAAGGUCUCUGUGGAUCAUUCUCCAAGGGAACUUGUGAAUCCCACAAUGAUGCUCUCCCUAUUGUUCAAAAUGCAUGUGUUGGCAAAGAAACAUGUUCAAUUGAUGUUUCAGAGAACACAUUUGGGGCAACAACUUGUGGAGAUGUUCCUAAGAGGCUUGCGGUGGAGGUGCUCUGUUAG